AUGUCUCGACAUUGCGUCACUGUAAAAUUUCACGAAAGACCUGUUCGUGAUAGUGUCUGGCAUUCUCCUGUUAUGGUUAUUCGUGAACUACGACGCCGAGGAACGACAAAUAUUCCAGAAAGGCAUACAGUAACAUCAAUAUACCAGAAAUUUCUCGAAACUGGCUCGGUUGGAGACCGUGCUCAUACAGGAAGACCCUCAACAAUCACAGAAGAUAAAGUUCAAGAGAUUCAACAAAUUUUGGAUGAUGAAUAUGAACAGUGUUCGAACUGUGGCACGAGAAGCAAACAUUUCCAAAUAUCAAACACACCAGAUAAUGCGAGAUAUUAUCGGAUAUAA